AUGGCGUACGUACGCGCUUCAGGUGCGAAGCGACCGUCGCCGUGCCUGCACCGGACCCCGCCGGCGAGAAUCGCAUCGCACUCCGGCGGUGCGCGUGCUGCGAGCAACUGCUGGAGUGGGAUGCGUUUGCUGUGGGGCCGGCGAGCACUGCAGCCCGGCGCUGAAUCGUUUGUGCCAAUGGGCCGCAUGCUGUGCGCCACUGGCACCACCGCCACCACCUCUGAGCCCCGCCGCGAUCCGGCUCGCGGUGCUGCAGUGCACAAUGCGCCCGCGAUCCCCGCGCCAGCCACAACGCCGCCCCCACAGCCCGGUGCUCCCCACCGUCGGCGCCGCCACAACUGGGUGGCGCGGCGGCGCAAGAGCUGCGAGGCGCGCCGCGCGCGUCGGCGCUAG